CUCAAAAACACCAACUCCAACACCCUCACCUACUCGCACAUCUCACCGUCACUCUCUCAUUUCCUCCAGCGCGCCUUUGGCGUUUAACAUCUGGGUCUAAUUCUUCCUUCUCUUCUUCUCGAUACCCUUGUUGUUACCCGUACUCUCACCUCUGGUGAGGUCGGAGCUGUCCAGUCGCAAACAUGUCGCAACGACAGAUUCCAUUGCAGGUCACCCAGCCUGCCUCUCUUACAAGCAUGGGCAUUCAACCGGCAUCAAUAACGUGGCAGAAUUGUACACUCGAGUCCGACCAAUAUGUGUGUGUGCGCCAGGUCAAUUCCGACGCCUCCGCCCCGGCCGAGACGGUCAUCCUCAACCUCAAGAACAUGAAUGACAUCGUCCGGCGGCCCAUUCGCGCCGACAGUGCUAUUAUGCAUUUGACUGAGCCCAUUAUUGCGCUCAAGGCACAGCAGCGGACCCUCCAGAUCUUCAACCUCUCCACCAAGGAGCGCUUGCAGACGUACACUCAUGAGCACGAUAUUGUUUUCUGGCGAUGGGUCAGCGCGACAACUCUCGCACUCGUCAGUGUCAAGAGUGUUUACCACUGGGAUGUACUGGGCGAGAAGCAACUCGUACCCACCAAGGUAUUCGAUCGCCAAGAGCAUCUUGAGGGACACCAGAUAAUUAAUUACGUUGUCUCCGAGGAUGGAAACUGGGGUUGCCUGAUUGGCAUCGCACAGCGACCGAGCGGUGGCAUUGGCGGGAAUAUGCAGUUGUACUCCAGGGCGAGGAAUAUCAGCCAGCCUCUAGAGGGCCAUGCAGCGACUUUUGCUACUAUCCGACUAGAUGGAAACAUGGCGGACUCCAAGCUGUUCGCGUUUGCCGUACGAUCCGCAAACGGCGAUGCGAAACUGAACAUUGUCGAAAUCGAUCCAAAUCCCUCGAACACUGCCUUUCCCAAACGACAGAUUCCAGUCCACUGGCCUGCCGAGGUCAAUGGUGACUUUCCUCUCGGUAUCCACAUUGCAAAGAAGUACGGUCUCAUAUUCGUCAUUACGAAGUUCGGCUUCAUCCACUUGCACGACCUGGAGACUGGAAUUCCUCUGUUCAUGAAUAGGAUAUCGGAUGACACUGUAUUUACCUCCACUGCAGACUCGGAAGGUCGUGGGAUUGUCGUCAUCAAUAAAAAAGGACAGAUUCUAUACACGACUAUUCGCGAGGAGACCCUGAUCCCCUAUAUCAUGGAGAAUCCCGCAAGUGCCGAGGUUGCCUACAAGCUUGCUGGGAGGGGCGGUCUCCCAGGCGCUGACCAACUGUAUAAGUCGCGUUUCGAGAACUUAAUGACGCAGGGCGCCUAUGCGGAUGCUGCAAAGAUAGCCGCCAACUCACCGCGAGGAUUCCUGCGCACAGCUGCGACCAUCAAUAGGCUUCGUCAAGCGCCCAACCAGCAGGGUCAGAUCACGGUCCUCCUACAAUACUUCGGAAUUCUGCUUGACAAAGGUGCGCUGAAUAAGGAAGAGACAUUGGAGCUUGCCCGUCCUGUCUUCCAACAAGGACGGAAGCACCUGAUUGAGAAGUGGCACCGAGAAAAGAAGCUCUUCUGUUCUGAAGAGCUCGGCGACCUUGCGAAGCCCCAUGAUCUCAACCUGGCCCUCGCCAUCUAUAAGGAAGCAAAUGUGCCACAGAAGACCGUUGCAGCUCUCGCCGAAUUGGGCCAUUUCGAUAUUAUUCUAAAGUACUGCGACUCAGUUGGGUACCGCCCUGACUUUAACGUGUUGCUUCAGCACAUUAUUCGAGUCAAUCCUGAGAAGGGUGCCGAGUUUGCUUCUGCCCUGGCGAAACAUGAAGGCGAGCCUCUUAUCAGCCUUGAUCGUGUAGUCGACAUCUUCCAGUCCCAAGGCAUGAUUCAGCAGGCGACUGCGUUCCUGCUCGAGACGCUCGCACAAAACCUCCCCGAGCAGGGCCAUCUGCAGACCAAGCUUCUGGAGAUGAACCUGUUGAACGCACCUCAAGUCGCUGACGCUAUUCUCGGGAAUGAGAUGUUUUCGCACUAUGAUAAGGCCCGCAUUGCCCAACUGUGCGAAAAUGCUGGUCUUCUCACUCGUGCCCUGGAGCACAACGAUGACCCGGUGGCUAUCAAGCGCAUCAUUGUGCAGACCGACAGGCUACCCGAAGAAUGGCUAAUAAACUACUUUGGCAAGCUGACGGUUGAACUCUCAUUGGAAUGCUUGGAUGAGAUGCUCAAGGUCAACAUUCGUCAAAAUCUUCAGGUGGCUGUGCGCAUUGCUCAGAAAUACUCCGACCUGUUGGGUUCUAACCGUAUCAUCGAACUGCUGGAGAAGUACCGCACUGCCGAAGGCCUAUAUUUCUAUCUGGGCGCCAUUGUCAAUGUCAGCGAGGACAAGGAAGUUCAUUUCAAGUACAUUGAGGCUGCUACGCACGUCAACCAGCUGAACGAGGUCGAGCGCAUUUGCCGUGAGAGCAAUUAUUACGAUCCCGAGAAGGUCAAGAACUUCCUCAAGGAGGCGCAGCUCAAAGAGCAGUUGCCGCUUAUCAUAGUGUGCGAUCGUUUCAACUUCAUCCAUGACCUUGUUCUUUACCUCUACAAGAACCAGCAAUUCAAAUCGAUCGAAGUCUACGUUCAGCGGGUCAACCCGGCGAGGACCCCGGCUGUUAUUGGCGGACUGCUCGAUGUCGACUGCGAUGAAGGCAUCAUCAAAGGUCUCUUGGCCUCUGUUACACCUUCCUCGAUCCCAAUUGACGAGCUCGUGAGCGAGGUUGAGUCCCGCAACCGUCUCAAGCUCUUGCUCCCCUUCCUUGAGCAGACCCUGGCUGCCGGAAACCAGCAGCAGGCCGUCUACAAUGCUCUUGCUAAGAUUUACAUAGACAGCAACAACAACCCGGACAAGUUCCUCAAGGAGAAUGACCAGUAUGACUCACUUGUGGUCGGCAAGUACUGCGAGAAGCGCGACCCCAAUCUCGCAUACAUUGCCUAUCGCAAGGGUCAGAAUGAUCUCGAGUUGAUUAACAUCACCAACGAGAAUGCCAUGUUCAAGGCUCAAGCUCGUUAUCUCCUCGAGCGUGCAGAUUCCGAGAUCUGGGACUAUGUUCUUAGCCCCAACAACAUGCACCGCCGCUCUUUGGUCGACCAAGUUAUUUCAACCGCUGUUCCAGAGUCCCAGGAUCCGGACAAGGUCUCCAUUGCCGUGAAAGCUUUCAUUACGGGCGACAUGCCCGCGGAAUUGAUUGAAUUGCUCGAGAAGAUUAUUCUGGAGCCGUCUGCCUUCAGCGACAACCCAUCGCUCCAGAACUUGUUGAUGCUGACUGCUGCUAAAUCCGACCGAGGCCGUAUGAUGGGAUAUAUCCAUAAUCUGAGCAACUACACGCCUGAGGAUAUUGCCAUGCAGUGCAUCGACGUGGGCAUGUACGAGGAAGCCUUCGAGAUUUAUAAGAAGCAUGAGAGCCACGUUGACGCCAUAAAUGUUCUUAUCGAGCAUGUUGUGAGCAUUGAUCGAGCCCAGGACUACGCAGACCGUGUUGACAUCCCAGAAGUUUGGAGCAGAGUUGCAAAGGCUCAGCUAGAUGGCUUGCGGGUCACGGACUCUAUUGACUCGUACAUUCGCGCCCAGGACCCGUCCAACUUCCUGGAGGUCGUCGAGAUCGCCACCCAUGCUGGCAAGGAUGAGGAUCUGAUCAAGUUCUUGAGGAUGGCCCGAAAGACCCUCCGUGAAGUUCCUGUCGAUACCGCUCUUGCUUUCUGUUACGCUCGCACAGACCAGCUUCCCGAGUUGGAGGAGUUCUUGCGUGGCACCAAUGUUGCCGACAUUGAGGCUUCUGGUGACAAGGCAUACGAGGAAGGCUACCAUGAGGCGGCUAAGAUCUUCUACACUAGCAUCUCAAACUGGGCUAAGCUCUCAACUACUCUCGUCCAUCUCGAGGAUUACCAGGCUGCCGUCGAGUGUGCUCGCAAGGCUAACAGCACCAAGGUCUGGCGUCAAGUUAACGAGGCCUGCAUUUCCAAGAAGGAGUUCCGCCUGGCUCAGAUAUGUGGUCUCAACUUGAUCGUCCAUGCUGAGGAAUUGGCCGACCUGGUGAGGCAGUAUGAGCGCAAUGGUUACUUCGACGAGCUUAUCAGCCUGCUUGAGGCUGGCCUUGGUCUUGAGCGUGCACACAUGGGUAUGUUCACGGAGUUGGGCAUCGCGCUCUCCAAGUACCACCCGGAGCGUGUCAUGGAGCACCUUCGUCUCUUCUGGUCUCGUAUCAACAUUCCCAAGAUGCUUCGACACUGUGAGGAAGCGCACUUGUGGCCUGAGCUCAUUUUCCUGUACGUCCACUACGACGAGUGGGAUAAUGCUGCUCUUGCCAUGAUGGAGCGUGCGACGGAUUCCUGGGAGCAUCAAUCGUUCAAGGAUACAGUUACAAAGGUCACCAACUUGGAAAUCUACUACCGCGCAUUGAGCUUCUACCUCGAGGAACAUCCAACACUUUUGACCGACCUUCUGCAAGCGCUUACAGCUAGGAUCGACGUUAACCGUGUCGUCCGAAUGUUUGUCAAGUCAGACAACAUUCCUCUCAUCAAGCCGUUCCUCCUUAGCGUCCAGUCACAGAACAAGCGUGAGGUGAACAAUGCUCUCAACGACCUCCUGAUCGAGGAGGAAGAUUAUAAGACACUACGCGACUCGGUCGAGAACUACGACAACUACGACCCGGUCGACCUUGCGCAGCGCCUUGAGCGCCACGAUCUGGUGUUUUUCCGCCAGAUUGCUGCCAACAUCUAUCGCAAGAACAAGCGAUGGGAGAAGUCGAUUGCUCUCUCCAAGCAAGACAAACUGUUCAAGGACGCUAUUGAGACUGCAGCUAUGUCUGGCAAGUCUGAUGUAGUCGAGGAGCUCCUUCGCUACUUCGUCGAUAUCGGCAGCCGCGAGUGCUACGUCGGCAUGCUCUAUGCUUGCUACGACCUCAUCCGUCCGGACGUCGUCUUGGAGAUUUCAUGGCGUAAUGGGCUGCACGACUUCACAAUGCCAUACAUGAUCAACUAUCUGUCCCAGCAAGCAGUCACCAUCGAGUUGCUCAAGAAGGACAACGAGGAGCGGAAAGCUCGCGAAGCUAGCCAGCAGAAGAAGGAGGAAGAUACACCGAUCCUUGGCUCGCGCCUCAUGCUAACCCAGGGUCCAAUGGCUUCCGCACCGUCUCCAGGUCCCUACGGCCAGUCCAACGGCAUUGCUCCUCAGCCAACCGGAAGCUUCCGAGCCUUCUAAGACUCUUCCUCUUGCCCACGCGUCAUCCUGGGAGUUUCUCGAUAGAUAUUUCUCCAGAAGUCGCCUCUUCCCCUACUUACAUACAUGACUUUAGUGGUAAAUGCAAAAGCGAGGGCCGGGUGUCUACAUCU